GCUGUGCUAAGAAAGCCCUUCCACCUGCUCUCAGAGAAGCUUGAAAGUCUAAACUGGAAGAAAAGAGGACAAGGAACAAGAAGCAACCGGAGUUGAGCGUGUGGUUCUCUCUCCCCGCCCCAAUUCCCUGGGCAGGAGGACAGUGAUCAUCACUCUAGGAACAGCACUUUGCUGACUACACCAUUGGAGGAAGCUAGAAGGGGGCCGAGAAUGGCAGAAAACCUGGACUAAGUGGAAGGGAGCCGCAAGUGGGAAAAGAUCCACAAGGACCCAGGAAUUUCCAGCGGACUCUUCUGAGCAAAGGUGAAUGUCUUGGAAGCAGUAUGAGCAAUAAAGGAUCUACAAGCAGCUAUCCUGGCUCUGCAAAUGGCAGCAUGGGCAAAGCUGAUGGAGCUUGCAAAUUAAGUGCAAAAGAUUUAUACGAGCAGAGGAAGAAGUACUCAAACUCCAAUGUCAUUAUGCAUGAGACGUCACAGUACCAUGUGCAGCACUUAGCCACCUUCAUCAUGGAUAAGAGUGAAGCCAUUGUAACAGUGGAUGAUGCCAUCAGGAAGCUCAAGCAGCUCAACACCAAAGAGAAGAUCUGGGCACAAGAGAUGCUGCUGCAGGUGAACGACAAAUCUAUCCGACUGCUGGACUGCGAAACUCAGGAAGAGCUAGAAGACUUCCUUCUGCCAACAGUCCAGCUCUGCCAAACUGUGCUGAAUCAGAUGCGAUACUCCUCCAUCCUCCUGCUGGUGUGUCAAGACUCAGAGCAGCACAAGCCUGACAUUCACUUCUUUAACUGCGAUGAGGUGGAGGCAGAGAUGGUUCAUGCGGACAUAGAAAGUGCACUUGCUGACCAUAAGUUUGGAAAGAAGAUACGGCCACAGACGCUCAAGGUGAACCAAGAGAAGAUAAAACAGAGACAGUCCAUCCUCCCACCACCUCAAGGGCCAGCUCCUAUCCCUUUCCAGAAUGAAGCAAGACGCUCCUCAGAGAACAACCAGAAUCGAGUGGCUGCUCCUUCACAACAUAAUGAGCCAGAAUAUGAUCGGCGAAGCUCCAGUUCUCAGGAUCAGGAAGAAUCCCGUGCAAUUUUUGCACAGAAGAUUGAAAAAGAAACGCAAAUCCUGAACUGCACCCUAGAUGAUAUUGAGUUGUUUGUCGCCAAGCUUCAAAAAGCAGCCGAGGCGUUCAAACAGCUGAACCAAAGGAAGAAAGGAAAGAAGAACAAGAAGAAAGCACCAGCAGAGGGAGUUCUGACUUUGAGAGCAAAACCCCCAAAUGAGGCUGAAUUCAUCGACUGUUUCCAGAAAACCAAGCUGGCACUAAAUCUCCUGGCCAAACUGAGAAAGCAUAUCCAGAAUCCAAGUGCUUCGGAAUUGGUGCAUUUCCUUUUUGGACCACUGGAAUUGAUUGCAAAUAGCUGCGGAGGUCCUGAUCUUGCAAGGUCUGUCAUCAGCCCACUUCUUUCUAAAGAUACCACAGAUUUCCUGAAAGGACAUCUAACACCAAAGGAGAUGGCAUUAUGGGAGUCCUUAGGAGAGGCGUGGACAAGGUCAAGAGCUGAGUGGCCAAGAGAUGCCAACGUCCCAAGCUACCUUCCAAAGUUCCGGAAUGGAUGGGAGCCACCCCUGGAAAUCUUCCGUGGAGCCCCUUGGGAAAUAGAUAUUGGCCACCUGCAAGAAGAACUGUCAUCCCCUAACGGCUAUUCCAGUCGUAACCUAAAGCCUGUCCAGACAUCUGAUCAAAUGCAAGCUGUGGAUGCCUUCACUCACCAUGUUGCUCAACAUGUAAAUAGGAAUUUUGAGGCACAGGGAAUGCCCCAGUCAAAGAGAUAUGCCAAAAUUCAAUAUGACUUCACUGCUCGAAAUGCCACUGAACUUUCAGUGCAGAAGGAAGAAAUUUUAGAGGUGUUGGAAGAUAAUAAACAGUGGUGGAAGCUGCGAAAUCGAAGUGGGCAGGCUGGCUAUGUCCCAUAUAACAUCUUGGAUCUGGUGAAGGUGGAGGAUUAUGGAUCACUUGAUCAGAGUAAUCAGAAAUACAAAGGAGACUUGAGUCCAAGGGGAACUGGACCUUCCAGCCCCUCACACAAAUUACCUGCCAGCUAUGCUGGGGACAAAUGGGGAAGUGAAAUGUUAGCCCGUAAUUCUCCUGAUGCCAAAGAACAACUCAUUCAUCACAUGGAUGAAGUCAAUGAUGAACUGCUGAAAAAGAUUACCAAUAGCAAAGUCCCUCAAAGAAACUUUAAAGUUGAGAAGACGCAGCAUGUCCAUGUACCCAUGACUUUUGAAUCCAAUGCUGAGCAGGUCAAAGCCUGGCUGGAAGCAAAUUCUUUCAGCAAAGGGACUGUAGACCAUCUUGGCAUACUGACAGGGGCACAACUUUUCUCUCUGAACAAAGAAGAACUGAAAAAAGUGUGUGGAGAAGAAGGUGCCAGAGUGUAUAGCAAAAUCACAGUGCAAAAAUCUUUCCUAGAGAAAAGCAGGGGGGAGUCAGAGCUUCAAGGAAUCAUGAAGAGACGCCAAGAGAGGAUUGAUUCUGCUAUUUAAAUUCUGUCUGGAUUUUUUCCCCAACUCUUAGUCACAUACACCUACUUGCAUAAAAAAAGGGAAAGAGAGCAAAAAUAAAGUAAAAUCUCCCAUUAAAAUUAAAAAGACAGCUGGGAUCAAUUGCCAUCCAGACUAGUUGUUCCUUCAGCACUGUUGAUAAAGGGGAAGCUAUGCUCCCCUGCUAACAUGACUUUGCAUUGGGAGAGAGGUUCUAGUAUUGCAUGAAGUAUUAUUUUUGUAUCUCUAUAUUUUAUACAUAAACAUGUGUGUGAAGUUCAGAGCAUGAGGAGGAUCAGAAUUCAUGUUCUAAGCAAAGGCUAGAUUGAAGCAAUAUGACCUCAAAGUAAUUCAUGUUUCCUGUAUGGCCUAUCACUGCUGUGAUAAAGCUUCACGGAAUGGGGUGGAAAUACAGAUAUAAAUCUACAAGAAUGUUCGGAGGCCCUGUGUUUUGAAGAUUACAUGCUCCCACAUCUUUUAUUGUAUUUUUGUACAUAACACAAUAAUGCCUGGAUUAGCCUAACAUGGGGGUCGAAAAACCUGGCAACCAAAGGGCUGUCUUCAUGGCGCCAAGUUGGUAUUGCGUUCCUCCUCGCUUACCCGAGGUGGCAUUCAGGUAAUCCCUAUGCCGAGGAGGGUGCAUGGGGUUUCCGGUGGUCAUCCAGGUACUAGAGCUGCCCCCCCCCCCUUCCUGGCUUCCUGCAACUAAUCCCUGGUCACCUUCUGCUAGGACUGCCCCCUGGAUUGGCCACAGGGCGAGGUCAGACAGCAGAAGAGCCGGGGUGAUCUCGCUCCCACUGAAAAAAAAUCAGCGUAAGUCCCUGACUUUUUUUUUUUUUACUGUGCAGCUUCAUUGAAAAGCACCUUGGUGGCUACAAAUCUCUGGCUGCUGAACUGACACAGCGCAAAUUCACAGCCACUGCGUAUAUAGACAGCUGAAGUCACCUCUUUAUUUCCAACAAGGUGUUUACUGUUUUUAUAUGCUGACAAAAAGGCACAGAGAAACUAUCAUGUACCAAGUGUAUUCAGGGUUCGUCCAAGGGCAGUUUUGAAAUAACCAUUAAUUGCUCAAUCCCCACAAAAAGUGAUAGCAUGAGCUGAAGGUGAUAUCACUGCUUUCCAGGUGAAUAUACAUUCUGAAUGUACUUUGUAGAGCUUUGGAAAAGUGAUUGCACUUGUCCCUUCCACACCCACAGACCCUGAAGUGACGAUAUGGAGCAUCCAUUAAGUUUCAGUAGCUGACUUAGUUAAAUACUCAAAUUACCAUGUAAAAAGGAACAUGAAGAUUUGUAGAAUAGAUUCUAUCUGAACUGGUCCUUAGCAAUGCAUAUAAGAAACCUUUAUUUCUUAGUGACUGGUAUAAGAAGACACCUAGCUUUCCCAAAGUCCCUAACAGAGCAAUCCUUUACAUGUCUACUCAGAAGUAAGCCCAUUGAGUUGAAUGGAAUUUGCUCCUUUGUUAGGAUUGCAUCCUAAAUGUCACUCCCUCUAAUUUACCCAUUAGGCCAGGCUUUAGAAUGAGGGGCUAUACCUUUUGCUACAUGUAGAUGUAUUGCAACAGUUAGUAACUAAAUAGUGGAGUUGAAGCAAUUUCUCUCUCUCCAUAAUAUGCUGAUUUCUUCAAAGUAAAGGGGGCAAGAGGGGUGAAAUGAACUGAAACUUAUUCAAAUUUCCAGAUUGGCAAGGGUUUUUCUACUUCAUUUACCUGUUAACCAUUGAGGAUGGGUAAAGAUUAGUUGUGUUUGUCUUGGCAUACAUCCUUGACUUAAAAGGCAUAGUAUUGCCCAACUGAUCAUCAAUCACUAAUCAAAAGAUGAGACAGAAUAUGAGGUUAAACUCCAAGCUGAUAUGUUUUCACACCAUCUUGCCCUGAGUGUAUUCCAGCUGUGUAAUUUGCUUUAAUCCAGGGAAUCACAUUAUAUAGCUUAUGAGGCUAUUGACUUUGGGUCUAGGGAAUAUUGUAAUGAAGCUUUUAAUUUUAAAAAAGAUCUGGUCCAUAUGGUGAGGAAGAAAGCUUGAGAAUAUGCAUACAAUAUAUAUGUGUAGUACAUAUAUAUGCAGAACCCAUGAGGCCAUAAAAAGGCACCCCAAAAUUUUAUUUGUGUAAUUCUUAGUCAGUUUCAUGUUGCUUGAAUAAGUGUUAUCAGUUGGUUCAUCAUGCUAAGAUGCAGGUGCCACUCUAUGCCCCACUGUUUACACAGCCAAUUGUCUUCUUUGAAUGAUUAGAUACAAGCCAAACCUCAUAAGCAGUAGUGGCUCUCUGAUGCUUUAUCCUUGUUCUGUCCAAACUGACCUCUGCCAUGCUCAGUUUGAAACUGCUUAGCUCAGCAUUGUAAAGUAUGCAGUUCAUUUGGGACAGCAAUCUAUGAGAAUAGUUGCAGCUGGUGUUGGUGAAUAAAAACUCUAUUUAAGCUUUAACACUUUAGCACAUCUGGAAAUAGAAACCUGUAUGAACAAAAAUGGCUGCUAGAUAUUAUUUUACUUUGAUUCUGGAAAACUGGAAAUGUAUUUAAGCUAUAGCUGAGUCCUGCAAAUAGUUUUAACAUGCAAAUUGUACAUGGUAUGAACUGCCCUAUUAGGCUGUCAUUUCCCCCCAUAGAAGUUCUAUUCCUCUGCAUGCCUGGAGAAUUUUGCAAGACCAAGGCUUUGGGAAACAAAGACUUCACUGCUAAAUGUUUCUCCAUCUAUAAUUAUUUGUACAUUAGCCACAGUGGUUUUUGAUUAUCUGUACAUAUAUAUGUAUAAAAGGUUCUUAACAAAAACUAAAAACAAACUCAAAAAUUAUGAAGCUACAACUACAUGAAAAUUUAUGUUCUCAUUAUAUAUUAGAUUUUAAAGGUAGCUGUGUAGAUAUAAUUUAAUCACACUUUUAAGAAUCAGAAUUGGUAUAAAGUUAUAUUAUAUAUGAAGUUGGCAAGUAUAUAGUCAGCAGAAUAUGCACUUAUUUUUGUUUAACUGUAGAUCAGACUUAUAGGGCAGACAAAGGAAACAAAGUGGUUGUUGUAUGGAGUAACAGUAACCGAGGUCCAGCAAAAUAAAACAAAAACACACAAUUCUGAACUUGGAGGAAGAAUAAAAUACAAAUGUAACAAAUAAAAAAAUUGUUCUGUUUUUAGUU